CUUUGAGACCCCUCCUCCCGCACUCCAUUCCUCCUGGUUUUUUUCUGUGCGCUCUUGCUCCAACUCCCAACGCCCUCCCGCUCUCCAGGCCGCGGUGUCACCCACACCGCACCGCCGCUGCUAACCCGCGACCAUGGCGCACCGGGAAACACCAGGAGCCCCGAAGCGUCCUGGCCUCACCGUGCCGGCCCCGAGCUCCCAUGCUCCGCCGCCGCCGCGCUGGCCGCGCUUGUGGCCUCUGCCACUGCCACUGCCGCUGCUGCUGCUAAUGCUGGUGGCUGCCAGCGGGGCGGCGGGGCACUCUCCCGAGUCCGGGAGCCUGGGUCCCAGCGUGCAGGUCACCCGGCUGCUGUACGCGGGAGGCCCGAAAUCCGGCGAUCGCGAGGAUCCCCAGACACGAGGAUCCGAGCCCAGCGCUCCGCGUCCUGGUCCAGGUCUUGCUUCUGGUCCCAGCGCCGAUGGCGUCCUAUUUCCGGGCCAGGGGCGCAGGGCGCUGGCGGCGCCGGUGGCCAUUUCUGCCUCCCGCAUGCAGGUCUCUCUCAUCAGCACGUCGUUCGUGCUCAAGGGGGACGCGACACACAACCAGGCAAUGGUGCACUGGACAGGCGAGAACAGCAGCGAUCCAGUAAAAUUUGAGGAUGUGGCAGUGAACUUCACCUCAGAAGAGUGGGCUGUGUUGGAUUCUAGUCAAAAGAAGCUCUACAGAGACGUGAAGGACACGUUUUUGAACCUGAUCUCCAUAGAAAAAACACUAGAAGAAAAUACUGAAGAGGACUCUAAAGGUCUCAGCAGGAAUAUGGGAUAUCAGGGGAUUGUGAAAGACCAAUGAUAUGAAUGUCAAAAUGAUUGUGAUACAAACCAGCAACCUAUUCCAGACAGUAUGAUCAAUAAAGAAAUGCAUUCCAGAAUAAGAGUUCAUGAGACUCCGUUGCAUGUAAGACACAUUAUUGGUCAUUUAUCUUUACAUGAGUAUCUAAGAGAAAAAAUCUAGAGGGAAACCACCCCUGUAUAAGGGAAUUGUAGCAAAAACUUUUGUACAUCAGAAACAUUGGAAAGAUAUCAGUUAUUCUUAAUCACUUCAGGUAUUUGAAACUUCUCCUAAAGAGAAACCCUGUAAAAUUCAACAGUGUAAUGAAGCCUGUAGGAGUCUCUGUUUUGAUCAGCCUCAGGAGAGAAGUCAUACUGAAAAUAAACUCAAUGAGGAUGUCUUAGUAAAAUUCCCAUAUGGCCAGAAUGAUGAAGGAAUCUAUAAAGAAGUGAAACAAUUUGUAUGUAAUGUCUGUGAAGAAGCCUUCACUGAUUCCAGUGACAUUACCAACUACGAAAAAAGUCAUAUUGAAGAGAAAAGGUACAUUUGUAGGCAAUGUGGCAAAACAUUUAAAUAUGUAACAUGUUUUGAGAGAUAAAAGUAACUCACAAAGUAGAGAAGCCAUAUGCUUCUAUACAUUUUAGAAAAUCCUUCACCAAAUUCAGUGUUUAUAACAGUCAUGAAAACAAUUACAUUGGACAACAGCCUUAUGCCUGAAAGCAUUGUGGAAAAAACUUCAGCAGUUCUGUGUAUUGUAACCUUCAUGAAAGAAUGCACAUGGCAGAGAGGCAUUAUAUAUGCAAGCAUUGUGGGAAAGCCUUUUUCUCUUCCAGUGAUCUGAAUAUCCGUGAAAUAAUUCACACUGGAAAAAAGCCUUAUGCAUGUAAGUAUUGUGGAAAAGUUUUCAGUGACCCCAGUGGUUGUAACAGACGUGAAAAAAUCAACACUGCAGAGAAACCUUAAGCCUGCAAGCAUUGUGGAAAAACUUUACCAGUUCUGCGUUUUGUAACAUUCAUGAAAGAAUUCAUACUGGAGAGAAACCUUAUGCAUGUAAGUUGUGGAAAAUCAUUCCCUUGUUCCAGUACUUGUAACAUUCAUGAAAGGGUAUACAUGACAGAGAGUCAUUAUACAUGUAAGCAUUGUGGAAAAGCCUUCAACCACCCCAGUAGUUGUAGCAGACAUAACAGGAGCCACACUGCAGAGAAACCUUGUGCAUGAGCAUUGUGGCAAAGCCUUCAACAACCUCAGUAGGUGUAACAAACACAAAAGGAGCCACACUACAGGAAGCAGAAGACUCAUACAUGCAAGCAUUGUGAAAAAAACGUUUUCCUGGCAUAGUCAUCUGAAUAUCCACGGAAUAAUUCACACUGGAGAAAAAGCCUUAUGCAUGUAAGCAUUGUGGAAAAUCAUUCAACAACCCCAGUAGUUGUAACAGACUUGGAAGGAGUCACAUUGCAGAGAAACCUUUUUCAUGUAGGCAUUGUGAAAAAACCUUCACCAAUUUCACUUCCUGUAAGACUCAUGAAAAGAGUUCACAUUGAAGUCAUAUAUAUUUAAGCAGUGUGAAAAGGUGUUUUCUUGUUCCAGUCACCUGAGCAGUCAUGGAAGGAUUCACACAGGAGAAAUGUCUUGAGCAUGUAAACAUCUUGGAAAAGCCUUCAGUGACCUCAGUAGUCAUAACAUACAUAAAUGAAGUCACACGAUAGAGAAGCCUUAUUCAUGUAAGCAUUGUGUAAAACCCCUCACCAAUUUCUAUUCAUGUAAGGUUCAUGAAAGAGAUCAUACUGAAGGGAAGUGCUAUGCAUGUACGCAUUGUGGAAAACAUUUACCCCCUCCAGUCAGCUGAACAUCCAAGAAAGGGUUCGAAUUGAAGAGAAGGCUUUUGCACGUAUACAUUACAGGAAACCUUUUAACACUUCAACUUCUCCUGAUUUGCAUGGAAAAAAAAACACACACUAGAGGAAAAACUCUUUGUGUGUAAAAGAUGUGGAAACUGUUCAUUCUGUAGACUUUAACAGGCAUAAAUAAAAUAGUUGACUUGAAGGUAAAGACUUAUGCACAUAAGAAUUGUGGAAAAGCCCUCAGCUGCUCUUGUGAUCGUAACAGGUCUGAAACUCUUCACACUAGUCAGUAGCCUAAUGUGUGUAACCACUGUCAGAAAGCCUUUACUAGAUUCACUUAGUAUAAGAGUAUAACCAUUCCACUGGAUAGAAACCUUUUGUAUAUAAACAUGGUAUGUAAACUAUUUCUUUGUUCUUGUCAUUUUAACAAGCAUAAAGAUCUCACACAGUGUCUGUAUUGUGGGAAAGUCUUUAGCACAUCCAGUUUCUGUAACCCUCAUGCACAGAUCUAUCCUGGAAAGAAUUGUAAUGAAUAUAUACAUUUAAGUAUUGUUCCAAGUCUUCAGGAGUUCCUGUUGCUAUGAUGUUCUAAAGAAUUCACUCUGGGGGGGAAAAAGAAUUCACUCUGGAGACAGACUUUACAUGUAUGACCAUGUGAAAAAUCUUUUAGCAACCGCAUUUCCUACUAUACUCAAUAACUUUUUUCACUGGUGAGAACCUUUAUUUAGAAUAAAUGUGGAAAAGUAUUCAAAGUGUUUAGAAUGAAUGAAACUUAAGUGUGUUUGUCCUUUAAUUUUUAGUAGUGUGUUCCAGAAUUUCUGUGUUUUAAGUCCCUGCUGAAGUCCAUUGUGAUCUCACAGUGAAAAGAAGUAGUGUGUAGAACAAACAUCAGUAGUAACUCUGUAAUGCUGUGUUGGUAAAUUUGCUUCUCUUGUGGGUAAUCAAAGAAUGUUCUGGGAACAUGAGAUGUAUCAGCUCGUAAUGAUUCUUGCCAGUAAAUGUGAUUAUCUGCA